UAUCUGAGGUGUGUCCUCCAGACGCCAUGUUCUGUCGUGACGUCACCAAACGGGAAGUGAGCUCGUUGUUCUCCUUGGUGGCUGCCUGGCUGCGAAGGCUCGCGGACCAAAACAACUCCUUCUCUGCUGCGCUUCCUCCUCUUCCUCAGCACGGACCAUGGACGGGAGUCAGAGUUCAGCUCGUCUGUCAGCAGCUCUGAGAACAUGAGCUCCUCUCACCUGUCCACAGUGGAUGGCACUGAUAGACUGUGUGUUUCAGAGCGUGCUCAGUGCGUCCCAUCUCGGGUCCUUCACCUGCGUCAGCUUCCCCCUGACGUCUCUGAACAGGAAGUGCUUUCUCUGGCGCUUCCCUUUGGUCGAGUUAGUCAGCUGAUCACACUGAAGACAAAGAAUCAGGCGUUUUUAGAAAUGGCGUCAGAAGAAGCCGCUGUUACCAUGGUGAACUACUACACCUCAGCCACUCCCUCCAUCAGGAGUCAGCCAGUCUACAUUCAGUACUCCACCCAUCGCGAGCUCAAGACUGACAAUAUGACCAAUCAGAGGGCUCAGGCAACGCUGCAGGCCAUGAAUGCAGGAGCAGUGCACUCUGGGAACAUGGCUUCAGGUGGGGAGGGCCGGGGCAUAGCUCCAGGUCAGAGUCCCGUCCUGAGAAUCAUUGUGGAGAAUUUAUUUUACCCUGUGACUCUGGAGGUCCUCCAGCAGAUCUUUAGUAAGUUUGGCUCCGUGCUGAAGAUCAUCACGUUCACCAGAAACAACCAGUUUCAGGCUCUCCUGCAGUUCAGCGACACCGUGCAUGCUCAGCACGCCAAGGCUACUCUAGACGGUCAGAACAUCUAUAAUGGCUGCUGCACGCUGAGGAUCGACUUCUCCAAACUGAGCGUGCUCAACGUGAAGUACAACAACGACAAGAGUCGGGAUUUCACCAGAGCCGACCUGCCAAGCGGAGAGCUAGAGCCCGCCGCCACCUUCGGUGUAGCUUUGCCUCCGUAUGGAGCAGCGGCAUUCCCACCCACUUUCCACCAACACACAGGUCUGUCCAUGGCGCCCGUCCCCGGCUCGCUAGUGUCUCAUCCUCGCGUCUCGCUGCAGAUGGCGCCUCCUGCUGUCCAUUCGGUGCUGCUGGUGUCGAACCUGAACCCAGAGAACGUCACGCCUCACUGCCUCUUCAUCCUGUUCGGUGUUUACGGAGACGUUCAGAGAGUGAAAAUCCUCUUCAACAAGAAGGAAAACGCUCUUGUUCAGAUGAGCGACGCCACGCAGGCUCAACUCGCGAUGAGUCACCUGAACGGGCAGCGUCUCCAUGGUAACGUGAUCCGGGUGACGUUGUCCAAACACCCGGUGGUGCAGCUGCCUCGCGGAGGGGCUGGGCAAGAAGAACAAGCACUGACUCGGGACUUCUCAGGCUCUGCCCUCCACCGCUUCAAAAAGCCGGGCUCCAAAAACUUCAACAACAUCUUCCCUCCGUCAGCAACGUUGCACCUCUCCAACAUCCCCUCUUCAGUGAGCGAGGAGGCGUUGAAGGAUUUAUUUUCUUUGAAUGGAUUUGCAGUAAAAGCUUUCAAGUUUUUCCAGAAGGAUAGGAAGAUGGCGCUGAUGCAGCUGGCUUCGGUGGAGGAAGCCAUUGAGGCUCUGAUCGCCCUUCACGACCACCAGCUGGACCACAACCAGCACCUCCGGGUGUCCUUUUCCAAGUCCACCAUCUGACCUUUGACCUCUGAGCGGCCGCUCAGAGCGCAGGGCUUCUGAUUGGCCCGCGGCGCAGACAGACAGACCACGGGGAUAUCUUUCUGUGCCUACAGCAAGCCUCGUAUCAUGGUGGCAAAUGAUGUCACAACCGAGGGUCAUGGCCAUGGCUACAGAGGUUACAGAGCACAUUCCGGAGCAGACUGAGUAGCAGUGCAUUGUGGGUAAUGAAGUCCAUCAUGGAGGUGACGUCAGUUUGUGUUUGUUAAUGUGAUGCAGGAAACGAAAUCAGGAAGUAAAAAAAAAAAAAAAAAAAAGAAGGAAAAAAACCUGCCUUUUAUCAAAGGUUUACUUUAAAUUUAUCUUUAUUUAAAAUUACCAAUGAGCAUUAAGUAAAUUAUUAUAGAUAUUAUUUUUAAAUGAAAUGAAAUGAUUUGACCCUUUUUUAUGUUUAAAA